GACCAUCCAGGGCUCCCUUGGCCUCAGCAGGAAACACAGCAUCCAGCCGCCCGCACAGCGCUGUGUUGUGGGGUGGCUCCGCUGUCGGUGCUUUGGAUGGGGGUGGGGGUCUCUUUUCUUCUUCAACAGCCUCUAUCUUUUCAAAUCACCCUCCUGCCCCCCAGGUUGCUGCAGAGCUCGAGGGCAGCCGGAGGGCUCUCAGCACACACCGAACACGACGCCACUUUGUCCCAUUUUAGACUAAUUCUGCCCAUUGUAACGGCCGAUAAUGGCUCGACACAACACGUGCCCAGCUCCCCCCGCUUCGUUUCUUUCCCCUCCCGCCGUCGCUGUCCCGGCGGGCAGCGCAGCGGGGCGGGCUGCGCUCGGUACCGCCCCCGGACCGGGCAGGGCCGGAAGGAGCGCGGGGCGGAGGCGGGAUGCGGGAUACGGGACACGGGAUGCGGGAUACAGGAUACGGGAUACAGGAUGCUGCCGGCGGGAUGCGGCGGGCGGUUGUUGCUGGAGCUGCAGGCGGCGCUGCGCGGCGGCGCGGAGCGGAGGAGGGAGUUGGAGCGGAGCGCGGAGCGAGGCCGGGAUCUGCUGCGGGGGGAGCAGCGCGGAGAUGAAGCGGCCGGAAGCGGAGGCGGGACCCGGCGCUGGACGCGCUGGGCCGUGUGCUCCUCGCGCAGAGAGCUCGACUUCAGCACGGGAGCUGCAGGAGCUGGAGCUGCUGAACGCCGCCCUGCAGAAAGCGCUGAGAGUCAGGAACAGCGUGUCCGGAACGAACGCACCGACACGGGGCGCUGCGGGAGCAAAACCUGCGGGCGAAGCAGCUGAUGGGGACACGGCCGAGCUGAAGGUGCCCGCGGCCACCACGGACGGCGCUGCGGCUGCCGGCACCAGCUGCGAGGUGCGAGGCAGCAGCCAGGAGCACAGCGCUGCCAAGAAGCCUCCGUACCGCCUGCGGGCCCCGUACAGGACUGAGCCCGACGUGAGAAGAACCCAAAGGAAAACCCCGGCAGGACGUGUCGGCAGGGCGGCUGGGGCGGCUGCAAAGAGCUCCUCCAAAGCUGUGGCUUCCAAACAAGGACGCAGCCGUGGGCAGCCGGUCCGGGCGGCUGCUGAACCCCAGAGGACAGUUGGCAUCCCCAGGUCUGCACACAGUGAGCAGCUCAGCCUCCCUGCCGGGGAGGGGAGCUCGGUGUCUGUGUGUGGGCAGCAGCCCAGUGCUGGGCAGAGCUGCUGUGGUUCCCUCGGACCGCCCGGAGCAGAGGAGCACACAGCUGGGGCAGGGAGCGCAGCACUGCGGGCAGCAGCACUGCAGGAGCAGAGGUUCCAGCUGGAGCUGCCCCUUCCCUACAGGAAAGCACAUGCCAGGAACUCCAGGGCAUGGGAGAAGUGCCGUCUCUGCCACACAAGAGCUGAUGCAGCGGCUGCAAGGAAAUGUUUCACAGAGAGGAUCCAGAGCACUUUUCGUUCACCAACGCCAACGCUCAGCCCUGCAGAGAUAGAGGAGGAAUUAAGAGCUCUCCAGGAUAUUCCCUCCCAUCUGAGCCUGUGCGUGGAAGCUGAGUCUGCAGACCAUCCCACUCUUCAAAGAGAGUACGAAAGCCUUCUGACCUUGGAAGCUCUGCAGAGCACAGUAUCCCAGUACUUGCAUAAGCUGCAGCUUCUACGAGCAGCUGUGGAGUCCCAAAGGAGGCUGCAACCGGACUGCACUGGGGAACAAGGAGAUUGCUGUGCAGCCUGUGCUGCCGGGGCUCGGCUGUGUGGCAGUGCAGACACGCUGGCUGUGCCUCUCCUGUGCUACUCCAGGCUCCAGGAGCUGAGGGAUUUGUUUGCCUUGAAGCUGCGAGUGUCGAUGCUGCACCAGGAGAUUGCCUUACAAAAGCUCACCAUGACAGAACUGCUGCCUGUCCUGGACUCCAGGCCCUGCCCAGGGGCCUCUGCAGCUCAGCUGUACCGGGCGAUGUACACACAGCUCUGCGAGGGCGGCGGGCGCUUCCCGGUGCUGGUGCAGGAUGAGCUGUCAGACUGAGCUGCUGAGAGCCUCCCUCUGCCAUUCACAUCAACAGCCACGGUUUGAAGCAAUAAAUCUUUUCCGAUAACUUCUAGUGCUUCACCUGUUUGUCCAUCUAAAGGAAACUCAACUUCUGGGCUUUGACUUGUUGCUCAUCAGUUGCUUUUACAGCUUGUUAAUUGUGAAGGUCUGUGAGGCCGCUUCAUGGACACCGGAGGUGGCUGUUCUUUCAAGGUCCGUCUGCUCUGGAUUCUUCUCCACUUCAGCCAUGGAGUGGCCUUGCAUUCAGAUAACACAGCUGUCCCUAACCCAGGCCCCUUCAGCCUGCGGGUCACCUUGCUGCAACCACUGCUCCAUCAGGCAGCCUCGUGACUUGCCCUGCUCCUUUGCAGUGACUUACACCUCCAUCCUACAGCUGAUGAGGUUCUGCUGGACGGUCCGAUCUGGGCUGGGCUGCGUGUGCUCGGGGGGCUGCGGCUGCAGCAGGAGGGAGGGCUGGAGCAGCCCGGUAGGUGGCACUCAGCCCUUGGCGUUGCUGCUGAACCUGCGCUGGCGGCUGCUGUGGAAGCAGCUUUCCAGAGUGACUGAGGCAAUGCCCUGCCCAGCUGUGGGAAGUACAAGCUGUAGCAAUCCUGACCUUGCCAAUACAGGAACCCCUGCUUCGGUUCUUCCUGCACCUUCAGUCUGCACUCAAACCCCUGGUGCUGCUGUGUGGCAAUUGCUUCAGAGUCACAUGGCAGCCUUCUGUCUUGCACAAGCGUUUUGGAGUUCAUGUAGCAAAGGGCCCCAAAUACUGAUGCGGCAUUUCUACUUCUUGUUACAGCUGGGCUUGCAUCAUACCUUGCAGCUGGACCAGGCUCCUGCUUGGAGGAGUUCAGCUCUUGGAGAUGCUGACGUUGGUCAUUAUUAUUUCCUUCUGUGUUGUUUUUUUCAGGGCUGGAGUUAAGGUGGUCCGACUUCCAGCUGUUGGGCUCUUUCUGACCCUCAGAAUCUGCCCAAACCCAUCCCAGUGCUGGGUGAACGGCAGCUUUUUACCUUUAAUUUCUUCUUUGCAUUGUGUUCAGUUCUUCACGUUUUGGUUCCCGUGGGGUGUUGAGCUGGGGCAGCUCUGCCGUGUGCAACAGCAGCCGCCCAGGAACAUCAGUUGUUGGAGUCUGGCUGUGUUUUAUCUGCACGCCUGGCAGGUUUUCUGCAUGCAGAUGUCAGCCAGAGGGGGGAGGGAUCGUUGUGCUUGAAAUGCAGUGUUGGGCUGGGAAGGAAGUGAUGCCGGUGCUUCAGACUGAGGUGAGGAGACAAGAGAUUGUAUUUGUGAUGCCAGAGGGUGGUGAUAGGAAGAACACAGGAAAUACUCGCUGUCUGCUGAAGGUGAUGGAUGGCACCACCCCAGUCAGUGCAGCCAGGGCUGUGUUUCAAUGGGAACUUACUGGUUCUGCCCGGCCUCAGUGGGACUCCACAAAGCAGAACCCCUAAGACUGACGCCAUCGGACUCCAAAGCGAUCCAUCCUGCAGGCCUUGGAGCUUCUAUUCUGCAUCAUGCCAAUGAAAUUCUAGUUCUGUGACAUCCAAAGGGAAGUUUUAUUUACUGAAGACUUUCUUUUUGCACAUUGUAA